CAGCUUAUAGGAUUUGCAGAUGCAUCUUCUGUAGCUUACGGGUGUUGCCUAUAUUUGCGUUCCAUUGACGAGCAAGGUAACGUUCAUAUGCAUUUGCUUUGUUCGAAGUCACGUAUAAAUCCGUGUAAAAAAAAGCUUACCAUGCCUAAACUUGAGCUGAAUGCUGCGAUAUUAUUGGCUACGUUAGCUAAAAAAGUAAAAGGUACGUUACUUAAAAAAUUCUUAGUCAACGAUACUCAUUUCUUCUCAGAUUCGCAAAUUGUAUUAGCCUGGUUGAGAACUGACGUCACUCAGUUGCAAACAUACGUCGCAAAUAGAGUCAGGUCGAUAGGGGAACUCACACACAGCUAUGAGUGGCAUUAUGUUAACACCAGUGAUAAUCCUUCAGAUUGUCUUAGCAGAGGUAUUCAACCACACGAACUACAAAACCAUGUUUCGUGGUGGCAAGGCCCUUCGUUCUUGCAUGAUCGAAAUUAUGCAUUCUUGCCAGUUCCUCAAACUGAGAUACAGCUACCUGAAUUAAAAAAGAACAAUAGUUUAAUUGUUUGUACAACAACUGUUGAUACUCAUUGCAGUAUUUUUGAUGGGCUAAAAAAGUAUUCGAGUAUAAACAAAAUGACUAGAAUUCUUGCAUACGUCAUUAGAUUUUGUAAUAAUAUAGGGGCCAACUCUGUUAAAAGGAAAGGAUUUGUCACCGCAGAUGAACUUGACAAUGCAUUGCUGUUGAUAGUGAAGCAUGAACAAUAUCAAUUUUAUCCAGAUGAAAUUAAGUCUCUGCAAUCUGGCAAACAAGUCACAGGUAGCUUGAUGCAACUUUCACCUUUUAUAGACGGUGUCGGUGUUAUUAGGGUCGGCGGUCGGCUACAAAAUGCAUUACUUCCCUAUGCAAAUCGGCACGCCGCAAUAUUGCCCAAAAAAUCGAUUAUCACCGAAUUGAUUAUUAUGAAUGAACACAUUAUGCUCCUGCAUGCAAGUCAAAGGCUGGUUUUAUCAUCUAUCAAACAAAGAUUUUGGAUUCCUGAUGGAUUGCGCACUGUAAAAAAGGUUAUUCAUAAAUGUGUAACCUGUCACAGAUUGAAAGCCGCUGCAGCAACUCAACUGAUGGGUUCCUUGCCUUCAGCACGAGUCAACGCAUGCCGCCCGUUUGAGAAGGUCGGGGUAGACUUCGCUGGACCGGUUGCCGUAAAAAACAGUCGCAUCAGGAAACCCGUGAUUGGAAAAGGUUACAUUGCACUAUUCGUAUGUUUCGUCACGAAGGCUAUCCACCUUGAACUUUGCUCAGAUUUGACAACCGAGUGCUUUCUCGCGUGCUUCAAGCGCUUUAUUGCAAGAAGGAAUUUGCCCAGCGAUGUCUACUGUGACAACGGCACGACGUUUAAGAGGGCAAGGAACAAAUUGGAUGAGUUCUAUAUCUUGCAUUUUUCUCAGGGGGUUUCCUGGCUUUUCCUCUGGUGCUCACGCCUCUUUUGCUCAAGGGCAUGGUCGUAGGCACCCCGGCAACUCCUGCAACUGUUAAUCCUGUCUUAUCGGUUGGUAGGGUCAAGGGAUACUCGUCCUCAUAAUCCAUGGCUUCUUGGGUCAGUAUUGUGGCAACACUUGUUCACUCGUUUUUCUUAAAGACAAUUGUAUGGCGACACCUAUCAGAAGCUUAGUGCCUACGCUUUCUGCGACGGGGCUCUGCGUCCUCUUCAUCUGAGCUAUCCCCGUCACGUCGACGGCGUCUUCUGGUCCCAAGGCCCAGAAUGCGCAUCUUCUCCAACACAGCAUCUGAGGGCUCAGAGAUGGAGAGCUUGGCGUCUUCUUCCAGGUAUCUAUUAAUGAGGGAGAGCUGGUUGCUCUUAAUGGCCUCCGACGUGCGGAAGUUCUCUCCCACGCUCUUCAUCUUUUUCGCAUAGGCUAUGGCGGCCACGUAUAGAUGAUUAUAAUUCUUGUGUGUCAGCUCGGGAUGUGCAUUGGGGUUGAUAACCCGCGAGAAUGGGAAGUGAGGUUGGGUCUUCGCUUGGUCCAUUGCGAAUUUCAGGGCAAGAGCCUGAUCUAGCACUGCUUCUAUUUCUAAAACGGCACUGCGGGCCUCUAUGAAGGCGAUCAUGAACAGGACGGCUUUGUAGCCAGAGUGUUCCCAUACCAUCUUCACUUGAUUGAUGGCAGCUAGCUCGGAGCCCGUGUACUCAGUGUUUAGAACCUUACCCACAAGAGCCUCUCGAAGACCCAAUCGGGCCUUCAUUUCAGCUUGGAAAAUUGUGACACUGUCAAACACGUUGUUCUCUUGAGCAUUCUCUACAAAAUAAAGAUAUCACCUGGUUUUGUUUUUGAUUUACAAUUGAGUUACUGCUGCCUGCGACGAUAUACCCGAAGGCGGUGUUCACAAUAGAAGGUUGCUCGGGGCUGACAGAUUUGAACGAUUUCUGAAGGCUUCAAAAUCUUGGCUUUUCGGGUUAACCAAGUGACACGGGCAGCUAGCGAAUUGACGUCUUGAGCACUGAUUCAAAUGGACGUGCACAUCGAUGAAAUCCGUUAGCUCAGGAACCCCUGUGAAUUCCUUCAUUGUUUCAGACAUGAUUCCACCAAAAAUAGGUGACAAAGAUUUGACGUUCAUCAGUAUGUGAUGUUCUUUUGGUCUUGAGGGGUUGAAGUUGUACUCGAUCACCAUUGGCUUAUCAAGUGGAUAGCUCCCACAACUUUUUCCGAAUGAGAUCAUUCACGACGUUAUCGGGAUAAAAGGAUUGAACAAACCGUUUGUAGUCUUGGAAGCACAUGAAGUUGGCCAUGUAGAGAAUCAUCUCCAAGGAGAAGAUAACUGGCUGCUUCGAUGUUGAGAGCGGUGGUGAUGGUGCAGCCGUAUUUUCAGAGACGCGGCGGCGUUUUGACGUCGACUUUUUUCCUUUCAAAUUCAUUGAGAUUAAGAGGAAAUAUACUUUUCGUAUGACGCGGAAAACACUAGCCAACAGCGAGACGGUUGAAUACGUUCUGCAGUCUCAGAAGUUCAUACGAUGAGAGUCGAUCUAGGCUAUCAGUUUCCCAAUUUAUAGGCACGAGACUUAUCAAUCCGUCAAUUUAUUUAAACGAAACAUAGGAAUAUAUCUGGUUAUAAGGCCACAAGUCAUACAUUUAAUUGUAUGCAACGUGUGAUACUUUGAUAAACUAUCGUAGUCGAUAACAUGACUUUAAUUCGUACUAUUGCAUCAACUAGGUAGACAGACUUGUAGGUAUGUUCCAAAAAGUUUGACCGCGAAGUGAAAUACUGAUAGUAGCCGCGAUAACUGUUGUUAAUACUGCACUUCGAUUACAUAACGUGUCCUCUGUAUAUGCGAGCGAUGACUUUGACUGUGCAGUACAAAGCAAACAUCUAUUAUCGUGAACAUAUUAUGUUUACAUACAAUAUGUUUUGCCCUCAGCUCCCGCGCCCGUGAUUACGUGAUUACGCCCGCCCGUAUUUCGAAAUCAUAUUAAUGCAAGUUGUUCCUUGAUAUUCAUCAGGAUAAUAAGUGGCCGAAGAUUGAGUCAAAUGAAGGCAUGUUUGAUCAAAAGAGUGUUCACCUAACCAUCGAAUAUUGGGGUGUACUGUCGGACACGAAAGUAUGAAUGGGACAUUUUGGUGAAAUUUAAAAAACGGCCGAUGCCUGCGUUGAAGUUGCUUGAAGCUGUUUUUAUUCGUUGCAAUUACGAUUCCUGUUGGCUAUUGACUUCAUCCUUUUGUCCAUGAAUUUAAUGAUGAGGUUCACAGGUGCAAUAACUAUAUUGAACAGCGUUUGUCCGAUAAUGCAAUUCCUCGUCCAUUGUUGCUCCUGGAGCAUUUCUACCCGGAGCUGGUCUGCUUCAUUCUGAUUGAGACAACUGUCGGCGUUAUAAAUGAUUCGGUCUUUGGAGCUUUGGUUUGACGAAUAAAAACUACUUUAAAUCCUGCGUCGUAAAUUUUUGAUGGUCAUUCUUCAUGGCACAUAAUUCCAAUUGCAUUUGCUGUAAGUGUGUUAGCACAUUUUCAAUUGUUUGGUCUCUUGAAUUUUGCUGCCGUUGUCGUUGACUGCUGAUACUUCAUUAAUGUUCGCAUUCUCUAAUAUUUUAUUUGGCUUAUUUUGUCUAAAUGUGAUGUUUCUGAUACGGUCAAAACAGAAGUCACAUUAAAUGGCAAUAAUAACCUGAGCCAUAAAACUAGAAUACCUAGUUUUAUCAUCGAUUAUCUCGCGUCCUAACUACCGCAUCCGGCUCUCAAGGUGUGAUGGCUUCAGAUCUCCCAGGUCUAAAUCUGAUAACAGUUGUAUA